AUGCUAGCACCAGAAGCCUCAGCAAACAGCAGGAGCCUCAGUGCAACAGCAGGAGCCUCAGUGCAACAGCAGGAGCCUCAGUGCAACAGCAGGAGUCUCAUUGCAACAGCAGGAGCCUCAGUGCAACAGCAGGAGCCUCAGUGCAACAGCAGGAGCCUCAGUGCAACAGCAGGAGCCUCAGUGCAACAGCAGGAGCCUCAGUGCAACAGCAGGAGCCUCAGUGCAACAGCAGGAGCCUCAGUGCAACAGCAGGAGCCUCAGUGCAACAGCAGGAGCCUCCACACAACAGCAGGAGCCUCCACACAACAGCAGGAGCCUCAGUGCAAGAGCAGGAGCCUCAGUACAACAGCAGGAGCCUCCACACAACAGCAGGAACCUCUACACAACAGCAGGAGCCUCAGUACAACAGCAGGAGCCUCCACACAACAGCAGGAGCCUCUACACAACAGCAGGAGCCUCAGUGCAACAGCAGGAGCCUCCACACAACAGCAGGAGCCUCAGUGCAACAGCAGGAGCCUCCACACAACAGCAGGAGCCUCUACACAACAGCAGGAGCCUCAGUGCAACAGCAGGAGCCUCCACACAACAGCAGGAGCCUCAGUGCAACAGCAGGAGCCUCCACACAACAGCAGGAGCCUCAGUGCAACAGCAGGAGCCUCCACACAACAGCAGGAGUCUCAGUGCAACAGCAGGAGCCUCAAUACAACAGCAGGAGUCUUAAUACAACAGCAGGAGUCUCAGCGCAACAGCAGGAGCCUCCACACAACAGCAGGAGCCUCAAUACAACAGCAGGAGCCUCCACACAACAGCAGGAGCUUCCACACAACAGCAUGA